ACCACCGUUUAAAAUGGAGAGAAGUAGCCCUCUUCCUUCACCCCAGCCUCCCUUCCAAACCCUAGCCUGCAAACCCUAGCACAGAGAGAGAAAGCGAAAAUGGGAGAGUCCCUGGUACUACGCGGAACCAUGAGGGCCCACACCGACUGGGUCACCGCCAUCGCGACCCCGAUCGACAACUCCGACAUGAUCGUCACCGCCUCCCGCGACAAGUCGAUCAUCCUGUGGAACCUGACCAAGGAGGACAAGGUGUACGGCCUCCCCCACCGCCGCCUCACCGGCCACUCCCACUUCGUCCAGGACGUCGUCCUCUCCUCCGACGGCCAGUUUGCCCUAUCCGGCUCCUGGGACGGCGAGCUCCGCCUCUGGGACCUCGCCUCCGGCACCACCGCCCGCCGCUUCGUCGGCCACACCAAGGACGUCCUCUCCGUCGCCUUCUCCCUCGACAACCGCCAGAUCGUCUCCGCCUCCCGCGACCGCUCGAUCAAGCUCUGGAACACCCUUGGUGAGUGCAAGUACACAAUCCAAGACGGUGACGCUCACUCAGAUUGGGUCAGCUGUGUCCGAUUCAGCCCCAACACGCAGCAGCCAACCAUUGUGUCCUCUUCAUGGGAUCGUACUGUUAAGAUCUGGAACCUAACUAACUGCAAGAUAAGGUCCACCCUCGCUGGCCACUCUGGCUAUGUGAACACGGUGGCAGUGUCCCCUGAUGGGUCGUUGUGCGCGAGCGGAGGGAAAGAUGGGGUCAUCUUGCUGUGGGACCUAGCUGAGGGGAAAAGGCUUUACUCACUCGAUGCUGGCUCCAUCGUCCAUGCUCUUUGCUUCAGCCCCAACAGGUACUGGCUCUGUGCAGCUACUGAGGCUAGCAUCAAGAUAUGGGAUCUGGAGAGCAAGACUGUCGUGGUGGAUCUCAGGGUCGAUGCUAAGCAGGAGGCUGAGAUGAAUGAAGGUGGCGCCGCUCAAUCCUCUGGCGUCAAAAACAAGGUCAUAUACUGCACAAGCUUGAGUUGGAGCGCUGAUGGAAGCACUUUAUUCAGUGGAUACACCGAUGGCAUAAUCAGAGUUUGGGGAAUUGGUCGUUAGUAACCUGUUAUUUAGUCCAUGGAUCACCGAGUGCAUUGCAUCGCAGUUUUUCCCAGUUGAGUUAGGUUUCAGUUGAAACGCUGGCAGGAUAUUUGGAUUCUCUAUGUUUGAUGGCUUUUAAGCCGAUGCUAUUUUUGGUUUCGGUUAUUUUGUUAGUUGAUACUGAUAUUGGUUUUGGCUACAUCCAAGUUAUGUUGCUUUGCUUUAUAA